GGUGGAAACUGCAGGAAGUUCAGUUUAUAAGAAGCUCUGCGGGCGUACUCAAACAUUUUGUCAAGAUGCACUCUAUGUUGCGCUUGUUGGUGCUUACAAGCAUAAUAGGAUGUGUUGAACUGAUCACAGUCAGGACACCGCAGAAAUAUAUCAAUGUUACAGUGGGUGGAAGUGUCCUACUCCAGUGUAUGUUUGUGACUACUCAAGAGACCACCAGCCUCACCAUCCAGUGGGAUUAUGUUUCAUCAUCCUCCUUGACACCACAGCAGGUCUAUUACUAUCAGUCAGGAGAGGAUGUCAUUCCGAGACCUUACAAGGGCAGGCUUCAGCCUCCCUCUUCUGUGGCCACAACCAGAAACGCCUCAAUAAUAAUAAGCAACAUGCAAACAUCAGAUGCCGGAGUCUACACUUGUGAGGUUCACAACUUUCCUGAUGUAGAUGGACAGUCUCAGGCCAAUAUCGUUGUUAAUGUUCUUGAGAGGCCGUCUACUCCGUAUUGCAGUGUCCACGGAGAUGUCGAAUCGGGCCACCUGGUCACUCUGACUUGCCACAGUGAGCGUGGAAGCCCGACCCCUACAUACAACUGGACCAGACUGGACCAGACCAAGACCAGGAGGCCUGUACUGGGAAAAACAACUGCAACUGGAAAAUUGGAAAUCAGAAACAUAUCCCAGUUUGAGUUUGGAGAAUACCAGUGCAAUGCUACAAAUGCAGUGGGCUUUUCAACCUGCACUAUAGAGCUGAGUCCUGAAGCAGCAGAUGGAGUGAUUGCUGGUGCUGUGAUCGGCGCAUUGCUCGGGUGUGUCCUAAUCAUCCUGGUGGUGUGGUUCAUCGCUCACACUGUGAAGCGGAACAAAUACAAAGUAGUGAAAGCAUCGGAGGACAACGAGAUGAAGAGGAGCUCUCACCAGGCCCAGGAAACCACAGACAGGGUUCCCGUGGCAGCCACAGCUGGCCACCUCCAUGCUGAGGCAGAUGAGCCACAAGCCUAAAAAACAAAGGGCCUGUUGAAAACAACUGGAGCAACGUCGCUAAUCUGAAUGACAGGAUGGCCAGGAUGGCCAGUCCUUAACAUACGUCAUUCUCAGAUUGAAUCAUUAUGAUGAAACUCAUGGUCGUGUUUGUUGUUGCAUUUUGUAUACUUAGCAUAAAUUCUUAAGUCUUUUACAGCUUUUGUUUCCGUUUGCCAAAUUGUUUUUUUUUUUGUUUUUUACUCAAACCUUUGUUGGAGUGUGGAUGAAAAUCUUCCUCAUGUAAGUCUACAGACACAACAUGGCGUAGGCCAAAAAAAAAAAAAAAAAAUUUUUUUACAGCAUGUUUCUUGUCCUUUUACUUGUUUUACCAUUUUCGUAGCGCGACAAUCAAUGUGUGUAGAUGAUGCCUUCAUUUUUAGAUAUACAGUAGGCUAUAUUACAUAGUACCCAAUAUUUGAAUUUGUUUCAUGAAUUACUACAUAAAUUGGUUUAGUAACGCUUCUAAUGCAAAGGAUCACUAUCAUUAGUUGAUCACUGCUGUCCACCAAAUGACUGCAAUUAUACUAAUAUGUGCAAAAAAAUCAUUAUAUAUUUUUUUUUAUCUUUUAUGAUUAUCUUUUUUUUUGAUAUAGUAACACAUUAUUGGGAUGAACCCAAUGAUAAAAGCAUACAUUCAAAUACAGUCUUUCAAUUGAUAAAAUAUCUUAAAUUAGAACCACAAUAUAACACUUUUUUUUUUUUAAAUAAUUCCUCAAGGGAAGGAUGAAUGGCCUCCCAGAUUAGUCUUUAAUUGGUCUUUGGUAAUACAAAUUGUCAAGCAACUGUGGAUGAAGUGUGACUACUUUGUGUAUUAGCAUUCACAGGUCCUCAUUAAAUGAAA